UCUUCGCGUGCUGUACACACGAAACUCGUAUGUGUCACAUCCAUGUAUGCGAAGACCAAUAUUUUGAUUCUCUGGCGUGUUGCUGCUGCUACGUGACUGCGUAAAAAAAUUAUUUGAAAAUUUUAACCACAGAUGAAUAAUAGUGUAAAUAAUGAUCAAGAACAUAAUCAAGAUGAUUCAGAUUCUGAUGUGGAAGAGGUUGAACCACGAUUGAAAUACGUCCGAAUGAGAAAUGAUCUUGAUAGUAUCCUCCAAAAUGAUGCCGCGAGCUGCAUCGCUGUUCACCCAAAGUUUCUCUGCCUGGGCUCGCAUUGGGGAAUGAUCCAUAUAUUGGAUCACCAAGGAAACAGAAUACGAUCCAAAACUCUUCAGGCCCAUACCGUUGCCGUCAAUCAAAUAUCCAUAGAUCAGAAUGGAGAUUUCAUUGGAUCCUGCAGCGACGAUGGAAAGGUUGUUAUAUAUGGUCUUUAUAGCAAGGAGAACAACCACAACAUGAGCAUGGAAAGAUUGGUCAAAAGUAUCGCGCUUGACCCUUAUUACUACAAAAAUGGAAGCGGUAGAAGAUUCCUAACGGGUGACAGUAAACUAAUUUUAUAUGAAAAGACAUUUUUAUCGCGGAUCAAACCUACAGUUUUAUGUGAAGCUGAAGGUGGUGUACGAUCCAUAUCCUGGGCUGGUCAAUUUGUAGCUUGGGCUUCAGAUACUGGGGUUAGAAUAUAUGAUUUAUAUGCUAAAUGUUCCUUAGGAGUAAUACAGUGGACUCGAUCCAUAGAUGCUUCACCCGAACAUUACAGAUGCAACUUAAGGUGGUCUGAUAAUAGAACGUUGCUAAUAGGCUGGGUAGAUACGGUUAGAAUUUGUCAAAUACGCAAACGAUCAGCACAAGAGAUGGCGAAUCGAGAUCUAUCUGAAUACGCUGUCGACCCUGUCUCUGCAUUCCAAGUCGAUUUUUAUAUAUCUGGUAUCGCGCCAUUGGAAAAUCAGCUAGUAAUACUUGGCUGCCUGAAAGAGCUAGAUGAAACUGGUAACAGUCAGCGGCCAAUGUUGCACGUAGUCGAACCGAAAUAUCUAGAAUACACGGCUAUUUGCGCUACUUCGUUAACGUUACGUGGCUACAAGGAGUACAGCUGCAACGAUUAUCACUUAGACUGUUUAAUGGAUGAAAAUAGGUAUUUUAUUGUCAGUCCGAAAGACGUCGUAGUCGCCAGUCUGUAUGACGCUGAUGACAGAAUUGAGUGGCUCUUGACGCACGGGAAAUUUGAGCUAGCCUUGGAGACCGUGACAGCCAAUGGAGGCAGGGACUGUAAGAAACACUCACUGAUAUAUGUGGGCCGUGUAUAUCUGGAUCAUUUAUUAGCACACAGAAAGUAUGACGAAGCUGGAAAAUUGUGUUUGAAAGUUUUAGGACGAGACAAAAAUCUCUGGGAGGAAGAAGUCUACAAAUUUGCUAGAGUGCAUCAGCUGCGUUCUAUAUCGUCAUAUCUUCCAAGAGGCGACGUAACGCUGAGACCGGAAAUUUAUGAAAUGGUUUUAUACGAAUAUUUAAAAACGGAUCCGGACGGUUUUCUGCAGCUAGUCAAGGAGUGGUCGCCAAAGUUGUACAACGUAGUCGCUGUGAUAAAUGGCAUCCGCGAGCAUCUUUCCACCCAAGAGAAUGGCCAGAAUGUCUUACUUGAAGCUCUCGCUAUUUUGUACACCCAUCAAAACAGGUACGACGAAUCCUUGGCGAUAUAUCUCAAGUUGAGGCAUAAAGACGUUUUUCAACUUAUACAAAAGCACAAGUUGUACAACUCGGUCCAUGACAUGAUCGAAGGUUUGAUGGAUUUAGACGCAGAAAGGGCGAUAGCAUUUUUUCUUGAAAAAAACAGAGUCCCGUCCGAAAUUGUCGUUGCAAAACUGCAAAAGAAUCAUCGAUAUUUGCACAUGUAUUUAGAUGCCUUGGACAAAAAAGACACGAAAGAUUCUAAGGGGAAAUAUCAUGGAUUAUUAGUCCGUCUGUAUGCAGAUUUUUCCAGAGAUAAACUUCUACCGCUUCUGAGGAGAUCAGACAAUUAUCCUAUUGAACAAGCCCUUGAAAUUUGUCGUCAGAAACAAUUUUACCCAGAGAUGGUUUACUUACUCGGUAGAAUUGGCAAUACUUCAGAAGCUCUUGCCCUAAUGACCCAAGAAUUAAACGACAUAGAAGGUGCAAUUGAAUUCUGUCAGGUGCACGACGAUGACGAGCUGUGGAAUAACUUGGUCAAUUAUUCAUUGGACAAGCCAGCGGCGAUAACAUUUUUGUUGCAAAGAAUCGGCACCUACAUGGAUCCCCGACUAAUCCUUCAAAAAAUUGAACCAAGACUUGAGAUUCCUGGAUUGAAAAAUGCACUGGUCAAAAUGAUGUGCGAUUACAAUUUACAAAUAUCUGUACAAGAAGGAUGCAAUAAGAUACUGUCAAACGAUCAUUUCAAUCUUCACGAAAAACUUGUUAGGUCGCAUCAAAAAGGAAUAUGUACAGAUGAUGAUCACAUGUGUCGAGCCUGUCAUCAGAAAAUAAUUAUAAGGGAACCGAGAAAUCUAGUCAUGUUCUAUUGCAGACAUUCGUUUCAUGAAGAUUGUUUGCGAAACAUAAAUUCAUUGUAUUGGCAAUGUUUCUCUUUUUUCAGGAGAAUUGUGUAAUAUGCAAUCCUCAGAAGCCAGUUUUCUAAACGAUGAACAGUAACGAAUGAUGAGAUAUCGACGACAGAUUUUGAGGAGAUUAUACUUAUUUUAUUGCCAUCGAGUGAAAAACACGUGAAUUCUUAAACAUGAAAGAUAAUUAAAUCGCUCAUCAAUAUAUUUUAAAUUCACACACACAAACACACACACACACGCGCGCGCGCGCAGGACAUAUAUACAUAAAUAAUUUGGUUCUCUGCCGCCACUACUGCUAGCGUAUUGUAUUAUACAUGGUACCAUAAAUUAAACAUUCUUUAUUGUUUUAUACACCA